UCAAAAGUAGUUUUACAAAGCAUGGAGGUUGCAGUUCGAUCGUUACCUAAAUCUAUGCAGUUAAUAGCGGAAACCGAAUUAAAUGAAUCUCCAAAUCGUGUGGGCGAUGAUAUUCGCGCUAUGAUAAAUUGGAUUCAUUCCCAACCUCAUCUAAAGGCCCGCUUAGAACACCAGUGGAUAUUAAAAUUUUUAAGGGCGUCUAAGUUCAGUCUCGAAAGGGCAAAGGAAAAGAUGGAUUUGUUUUAUACCAUGAGAACUAUUGCGGAUGAUAUUUUUGACAGGCGGGAUCCAUAUUUACCGGAAAUUCAACUCGCUCUAAACGCUGGCGCAGUGGUACCGUUACCGGUUGUAACUGGUGAACCUAUACGUGCAAUUUAUCAGACCACUGACGUAGAUCCAGACCUAAUGUCGUUUGAAAGUCGAAUCAAAUUGUCUUGCAUGUUUAUGGAUGUCCUGCUCGAAGAAUAUGAGGAAAUAUCGAUAUGUGGAUUAUGCCUCUUGAUCGACUCCCGGGGUGUUACUUACAAACAUGUUAAGCAGACGACACUGCAUUUAUUACGGAAGAUUUAUUUAUGUGUUACCAAAGCUUAUCCGAUUAGAGUUAAAGCGAUCCAUGUAAUUAAUAUGUCAUCAAUUGCUUUAAUUUUAAAAUCUUUGUGGAUACCAUUGCUUUCCAAAAAGCACCAGUCUAAAAUUUUCUUUUAUGAAGGUAAUGGCGGUGAUGAACUGUAUCAACAUUUUCCUUCUAAUUUAUUACCCCCGGAAUAUGGGGGUGGUGGCAUACCUCUGUCCGAAUUAAUAGCGCAACAAAAGGUUAAACUUGAGAGCUAUAGCGAAUGGUUUAUUAAUGAUCAAAAAUACUGCUCCUCCGAAAAGGACCGACCUAAAGAUUCACCGAUUAUAAACGAGUUGUUCGGAUUAGAAGGCUCUUUUCGACGAAUUGAAGUUGAUUAACUCCUUGCAAAUGUGAUGGUGUAUCUAAUAAUCUAUAUCCGAUGAACGAAUUUAACUGUAGGUAAUAAUAGAAGUCUCGUAUAAGGGUUAUAAUUUGAAUAAAUCGUUACAA